AUGUCUCCAUAUCAGUUGGUGUUUGGAAAGGCGUGUCAUCUACCAAUUGAGCUUGAGCAUAGAGUACUCUGGGCAUUGAAGAAGCUGAAUCUAAAUUGGAGCGAAACCGCAAACUUGAGGCUAGAUCAGAUCAAUGAGAUGAAUGAGUUCCAUCUGAAGGCCUAUGAGAGGGUUGCACUACUGCAUCUGUUUCCAGGAAAACUGAAGUCUAAAUGGUCUGGAUCCUUUAAAUUCACACAGGUUUUUCAAUAUGGUGCUAUUGAUUUGGAAAAUGAGAAAGGCGAGAGGUUCAAAGCUAAUGGUCAGCGAAUCAAGGCGCAUUUGGGUGCUCCUGAGGAUGUGAAAAUUGUGGAGGAAUGUAAACUUGAUGAAGUCUGA